GCGGCGUAACCGCUUCAUCCAUUCGGAUCACAUACGUGUCUGUCUCUUUUCAACCAAGCCUAGGAUCCGAGCAGUGGAAAGACCGGAGACAUGGCUCCUAAAAGCGCCAGCAAACAGCAGUCAGAGGAGGAUCUUCUCCUGCAGGACUUCAGCAGGAACUUGUCGGCCAAAUCCACAGCGCUAUUCUACGGCAAUGCGCUAAUCGUGUCCGCAAUCCCCAUCUGGCUGUUCUGGAGGAUCUGGCACAUGGACCUGGUCCAGUCUGCAGUGCUGUAUGCAGUCAUGACUCUAGUCAGCACUUACCUGGUGGCCUUUGCUUACAAGAAUGUCAAAUUCGUCCUCAAGCACAAGGUUGCUCAGAAGCGUGAAGAUGCCGUGUCUAAAGAAGUGACUCGCAAGCUCUCUGAGGCCGACAACCGCAAAAUGUCCCGCAAAGAGAAGGACGAGAGGAUCCUUUGGAAAAAGAACGAGGUCGCCGAUUACGAGGCCACAACUUUCUCCAUCUUUUACAACAACACGCUCUUCCUCAUGCUCGUCAUCAUCGCCUCUUUCUUCCUGCUGAAGAACUUCAAUCCAACAGUGAACUACAUUCUGUCCAUCAGCGCUUCUUCAGGUCUGAUCGCCCUGCUGUCCACUGGCUCCAAAUAAAACAGGACAAGAUUGAGGAACACGCAAAAUGAGGAUUGUGUGGGGGAG